UCUGGUGAUGACAUCAUCGGGAACCCUGAGCCCAUACCGUGCAGGUGCGAGUUCGAGCUGGAGCGGGAUUGCCAAAACUGAGCGGCCGCGACAGAGUGAUCCCAGGUGUUCUGAGAGAGGGGGCGUAGUCCAAAACAAAAGCAACACAUGUGCUGUUUUGUUACUAUAACAACACAAGCACCGAGAGAAUAAUUAUUUUGUAUAGGGCGGGCUCAGCGGGCUACGUUACAUUGGGCGCGUGCCAAAGUGGUACACCCGCGACGUCUUUCUCUCACCCCUCUACCUCCCUCUCACGGUGGUCUCGUCAAACGCACAGUAAUGGAUCGACAUCGACAGCUCGGUGAACACUACCUGUAACUCCUUGAUCUUUGUACGACGCUUCACACGAGCAUACUGUUUUUUUGUUUUUCAUUAUUCAUUUUCAGCGUAAGCUGCCAUAGCAUCGUGAACAGCAUCCUAAAGCAUAGAUGCAAACCGCGACUGCGGUGACGUGGUGACCACCGCGCGCUGAUGAGAAUGCACCCGCUUCGGCGAUGCUACCUUCGGGGAGUCUCCACAGAGCUGGCGCUAAAUGGACUGAAGAGCCUCGCGGGGAUGUCCCGUUGGUGGACCGUGGGUCUGUGUGAGUCUUGGACCUGUCUCCAAUGUUGACAUCGCUAGACAUCGAGCCUAAAUCAACAGAGAGACAGGAGGACUGAGGAUGCCAGGGGUGACGGUGACCGGAGAGACACCCACAUUGAACGGGGGCGGAAGAGAGGAGCAGCGUCCCUUGCAGCAGUCCCUGGGAGGCUCGCUGUGUCGGGAGUCGCACUGGAAAUGCCUGCUGCUGACGCUGCUGAUGAUUGGCUGCUUCUGCACGCUGGGCUGGUGCUCUCUGUACCGCGUGGCCGUCAUGGCCGCCGACGACCACGGCCACGCCUACUUCUACGGCGACGCGGCGCGCGUCUACCUGGACAGCCCGUGCUCCAACGGAUACGUCUACAUCCCCGUGGCCUUCCUGGCCAUGCUCUACGUCGUCUACCUGGUGGAGUGCUGGCACUGCUACUCCAAGACCGCCCACCUGCCGCAGGUGGAGACGGCGCAGGUGUACGAGCGCGUGCAGCGGCUACAGCAGGCCACGCCCUGCAUCUGGUGGAAGGCCAUCAGCUACCACUAUGUCCGCCGCACGCGGCAGGUCACGCGCUACCGCAACGGAGACGCCUACACCACCACACAGGUGUACCAUGAGCGGGUGAACACGCACGCGUCCAGCUGUGAGUUCGACUACUCGCGUCACGGCGUGAAGGACGUGUCCAAGCAGCUGCAGGGCCUGCUGGACCACCCGGCGGUCCGUCUGCGCUUCACCAAGUGCUUCAGCUUCGCCAGCGCGCGCGCCGAGAGCGCCUACCUCACGCAGCGCGCGCGCUUCUUCAGCGACAACGAGGGCCUGGACGACUACAUGGAGGCGCGUGAGGGCAUGCACCUGAAGAACGUGGACUUCCGCGAGCACGUGCUGGCGUUCCCGGAGCCCGCGCGGCAGCCCUGGUUCUCCCGCCGCGGCGUCUUCUGGCUGGCGUCGGCGCUGCUCUGCUCCUGGCCGCUGCGCGUGGCGGCCGAGUACCGCACCGCCUACGUGCACUACCACGUGGAGAAGCUGUUCGGCGAGAACGAGGACGCCAACGACAACGACAGCGGCGGCGGCGGGGGCGAGCACCUGCACCCGGGGCUGGAGAACGGAGGACGCAGCCGAGGAGGACCCACGCUGCGUGUCAUCUCCCGCGUCAACACCGUGGACAUCACCGAGCUGGAGUGGCACAUCCGCUGCAACCAGCAGAUGGUGCCCAGCUACUCCGAGGCGCUGCUCAUGGACCUGGACCUGGCCAGUGGGGGGGCGGGCAGCGGUGGCAGCAGCGGCGGCAUCACCCCGGGCAACGGUCCGAGCUGCCAGCGUCGUCGGCGGCGCCACUCCAGCUACCUGCUCCAGAGCUGCCCGCGCUGCCACCGGUCAAGCAGCAGCUCCUCGCUGCCCUCACGCGUCCGUGGCAACGUGGCCAUGGGGGCCGGCUCGCUGGCCUGCGCGGUGGGCUCGAUGGCGGCUGGAGGAGUCGGAGGUCGCCUGGGGCUCAGCCGCAGCGGCUUCUCCCUGGGCCGCCUCCACGCCGUCCGACACCGCCGCCCGUGCCUGUUCCACUCCCGCAGCCUCGGAGGAGGAGUGGGCGGCCGGCCGAGCGAGGGAGGAGGGGGGGGGGGAGGGGGCUUCCUGGGCCUGGGGGGGUUCCGCGCGCCGGACGAGGAGAGACAGGGCGUGCUGGAGGGGGACGCGAUGCAGGACGAGGAUGAGGAGGAGGAGGAGGAGGAGGAGGCGCAGGGGGAGGAGGAGAGGAGGAGGAGAGGGGAGCAGAGAGCGGAGGCUGACGUGGAGAGGGGAGGCGUGGGGGAGAGAGAGCGGCCGCCGACGUACGAGGACGCACUGCACUUUCCCGUCCUCAUUGUCCACGGCGAAGAGAGUUGCCACGGCGGCAGGGACAUCGAUACCGGCUAGGAGACGGGCACGCAUGGAAUCCACAAACACGUCAAGUGGAUGAGCGAGAGAACAGGAAGCGAAGGAAGAGGAGGAGUGGGCGGCAGGAGGAGCGGGCGAGAGACAAACAGAGAGAGAAAUCCUGGGAGUUCCGGGACUGCUGGAAGAAACGCUGGGCGUGUCAGCAUGGAAACGGAAAGCGUUAGCAGGUUAGCAGGUUAGCAGUUAGCAUAGCAAAAGAAAGUCACUCUGAACCUCCAGCAUUCGUCUUCCUCCACAGGAAUAGCCUCAGAUAAACCUGUAGUGUUUUAAAAACAAACAUAAGAAACACUUAAAUACAAUUUAAACAAAUACAAACACAUGAUUUAAAAAAAACUAAAAAACAAAGAACAUAAUUCUCAGUGAAUGUAUCAGGCCUUUGCCCAGGAGUCUUCUAGCAGGUGUACCCUACUGCACUUCUCCAAUGCAGCUGCGUAGUUUUCCAUGACCCAUCAAGUGGACUCAGUCAGGCUAUUGACUCAAUUAUCAAGCACCCUAUCCACCCUCCACCCCCUACCCUACACCCUACACCCUUGACUUUGAACUCUCCUCCAUCGGAUCAUUCUACUCUUAAUGUCAAUGUAGACUGCAGGACACAGGGGUUGUGGGUCUCCUCACGAUUGCCUGUCCACUGGAGUCCACUAAAAAGAGCGUGACAUGUAGGCUAGGAGGAGCAUGUGGCGUCCACUGCAACAGACCCUCCUGCCACAGCUCUUCCAAUCCAUGCUGUUAAUCUCAAUCAGGUGCCGUAGAAUUCCUCAGUUGAAACGGUAAGCUAUCGCAGCUGUUAAGAGAUGUAACAUUAGCUUUAUGAAUAAAGAGGUAAGGAAAAAACUCUGACAUUAGACAGGUAGCGGUUUAGAUCCAUUAUGGACACACCGUGACCGAGCUGACAGACAGAUCACACUCAGAGUCCCUCUAGCUUUCUGUGUGUGUGUGUGUGUGUGUGUGUGUGUGUGUGUGUGUGUGUGUGUGUGUGUGUGUGUGUG